UACCUUUAAUUCUCUCACCAGGCAAAGGCGAGAGCAUCUGGGACCGCUACACCCAUGAGCACCCAGAGAGGGUGUUUGACCACAACAACGGCGACGUCGCUGCAGACUCCUACCACCAGUACAAAACCGACGUGGCUCUGCUGAAGGACCUGAACGUGGCCUUCUACCGCUUCUCCAUGUCCUGGCCGAGGAUACUGCCUUCGGGGCUUAGCAAUGAAAUCAACGAGGACGGCAUCAGAUACUACAAGGAACUGAUUGCGGAGCUUCACAGCAACGGAAUCGAGCCCCUGGUCACUAUGUACCACUGGGAUCUGCCGCAAGUGCUGCAAGACCUGGGCGGGUGGACCAACCCUAUUACUGCUGACUACUUUGUGGAUUAUGCCAGGGUGCUCCUAGACCACUUUGGAGACUCAGUCCGCUUCUGGAUAACCUUCAACGAACCUCUCACCUUCUGCCACGACGGGUAUGGAGGCAACGACGCUCCAGGCGGCCGAUCCAGUGGGUUUGAAGAUUACAUGUGCGCCCAUACUGUCCUGAGGGCACAUGGGAAGACCUAUAGAAUGUUCGAGAAAGAAUUUAAGAGGAAACAAAAGAGUUUUAUGGGCAUCACGCUGGAUUUGGCCUGGAUUGAACCUGCCACCACGACUAAGGAAGACCAGAUAGCUGCGGAGACAACAAGACAGUUCUUUUUCGGCUGGUUCGCGCACCCAAUAUUCUCGUCCCAAGGCGACUACCCGCCAGUGAUGCGUGCGCGUGUCGAUGCCAACUCCCGACGUCAAAACUUCGCGCGUUCCCGCCUACCCCACUUCACUUCCGAAGAGGUCAACACCAUACAAGGAGCGUCGGACUUCCUCGGUCUCAACCAUUAUACGACGUACUUGGCGACAAUGAGACAGACUAAGUUGGGGGCGGUGCCGUCGUUUGAUGACGAUAUGGGGUCCGUUCUGACGCAGAAGAAGGAGUGGCCUAAGACUAAUUCGACUUGGUUGAGGGUAGUGCCAUGGGGUCUGCGUAAGGUUCUCAACUGGGUGAAGAACACGUAUAACAACCCACCAGUAUUGAUCACCGAGAAUGGGAUAUCAUCGGAGCCAGGUCUUACCGAUAUCGAACGCAUCAACUAUAUUGACGGAUACCUCCGUGCCGUCCACGCAGCGAUAACCAGAGACAAAUGCAGCGUGUUCGCGUAUACUUACUGGAGCCUCAUAGACAACUUCGAGUGGAUGCGUGGUUAUUCCGAACGCUUCGGCCUAUACGAGGUGGAUUACACAUCGCCGCAACGUGAGAGGCGCGCACGAAAAUCGGCGGCAUACUUCAGUGAGGUGACCUCCUCCCGCUGCCUGCCAAACUUCCUGGUAGGCGACUACCUGCCGUUUUACUUCUACUAUGCGCCUUUAUUUGAUUAAAAAGAUACUGCCGAGUGC